GUGAGGAUGGAACGAUGCUGUGUUUCUAUUGGCCGGGAAGAUAGAGCGUGCGAAUCCGUGUAGGGGAAUUGGGUGCCUGGGAGCAGCUGGGACGGGAGUGGGAGCCUGCCUGAAGGAGACUCCGGGCGAACAGCAGGAACAAGGCAGGGCGGAUCUCCAAGCGGGCUGUAGGUUCUGCCGGAGGAGGGGACGGGAAACAGCUUUUGGAUGUUAGUAAUUUGGGGGCUGUUUCUGAUAGGGGACGAGGAUUAGCUUCAUUGCCUGUCCCUACCUUUAGGGAGCUGGCUGAGUUGAUGUUUCAGGCAGGAAAGGGAACAUGCCCGCUCUACUGAGUUUUAUUUCCUGUGAAACUCGGGGAGGAAUGACACCGUGACAAGAAAAGCCAGUCCGCCCCUCUCUCCCCGCACGCCAAGUUUUAUCAUACUGGAAGGGAAAGAUAGUCUUGCAAUUAUGAGGGAGGGUUGUUUAUUUUUUUACUAUGCAAACUAAUUAAAAAAACACCACAACCCCUCUCCGUUUUAGAAAGGAUUACGUCUGUUCUGAUUUGUAUGAAAAAGAAUGCGUUUAAGUGCUGGUUAUACUUUGUGAGUAGUUAAAGAGCCUUCGCAUUUCUUUUUCAUUGGCAAUCAUGUUGCUUAAAGUACACAUAAUUAGCAGGAAAGUGUGUAGUAGCUUGUUGCGCUGUCAGAGUUCAGUAAUAAACUGCCUUGACACGGGGAAGAGUUUGAGUAGGCAACUUCCGUGUAGAAAUUUCCACAUCUCCUGUCAAAGAUGUAUAAGUAUGCCAUCCUGGGUGAUUGAUCGUUAUGGAAAAAAUGAUGUGCUACGAUUCACACAAGACAUGAUGUUCCCUGUGAUCCAUUUACCCAAUGAAGUCAUUAUCAAAGUCCAUGCUGCAAGUUUAAAUCCGAUAGACCUUAAUAUGAGAAGUGGCUAUGGAGCUGCUGCGUUAAGUCUGAAGCGUGAUCCAAUGCAAAUUAAAAGCAAAGGCAGUGAAUUUCCUCUGACUCUUGGACGGGAUGUUUCUGGAGUUGUGAUGGAAUGUGGACUAAGUGUGUCCUAUUUCAAACCUGGAGAUGAGGUAUGGGCAGCAGUUGCUCCCUGGAAGCAAGGCACCUUGUCUGAGUUUGUGGUGGUGAGUGGAAAUGAGAUCUCAAGAAAGCCCAGGUGUCUCAGUCAUCUACAGGCUGCUUCCUUGCCUUAUGUUGGUCUGACAACAUGGUCUGCAAUGAGCCAGGUUGGAGGCCUAAAGGAGGAUAACUGCAGCAAUAAAAGGAUAUUGAUCUUUGGUGCGUCGGGUGGAGUGGGUACCUUUGCUAUACAGCUAAUGAAAGCCUGGGGUGCUCAUGUGACAGCCGUUUGUUCUCAGGAUGCCAGUGAUCUGGUAAAACGUCUUGGAGCUGAUGAUGUGAUUGAUUAUAAAUCUGGAAGUGUGGAAGAGCAGCUGAAAAUGUUACCACUGUUUGAUUUUAUCCUAGAUAAUGUUGGUGGGUCCACUGAAAAAUGGGCUCCUGAUCUUCUCAGAAAGUGGUCCGGGGCCACAUACGUAUCUUUGGUAACACCCUUCUUAGUGAAUGUGGACAGGCUUGGUGUCGCUGAUGGCAUGUUACAGACUGGAGUGACCAUUGGUGCGAAAGCGUUAAAGCAUCUUUGUAAAGGGAUCCAUUACCGGUGGGCAUUUUUCACACCGAGCGGCCCAUUUCUGGAUGAAAUAACUGCUCUUGUUGAUGCAGGGAAGGUGGCGCUCAAGCCUCGGCUUGAAGGCCUCCCACGCCAUCCCCUUAGAUUCAUCCAGUUAUUGAUCAAGUUUUCUCAUUCUCUGAUGUCCCCAAGGCCUUCCAGAAGAUGGAGGAAGGCCAUGCACGUGGUAAAACAGUGAUCGAUGUAAUUAAUAAAUAAUAGUGUAGUGAC